AUAUAAGUUGCAGAAUUGUAACAUCAUCAAAACAAUAUUCGUUAGUUCUUUUUCUGUCUUCUUAUCUGAACGAUGUUGAAUUAAAUUUUCAAAAUUCUUUGUAAACUAAUGCUACCAGUUGAUCAUCUGUAUCGAAAACGAACCAUAUUCUCAAGCAAGUUCGAUUAUAAACUUGAGUAAAAUUGAUGACCAGUAAUUGAGAAUAUAGGCAGAAUUUCUGGAAACAUGGAUAACAGAUUACUCACGCUGGAAUGUCCUUUCAAUUGGAAUUUAGAGCAAUGGGAUUCGAAACGAUGUUUGUUUUUUAAAUUAUUAGCUAAUUUGAAUGACAACGAAUCGAUGUAUUAUUUCCAGCAUUUCGUAUUCUACAUCCUCUGUAUAUAUUUAGCAACUGCAAAAAGAUCAAUCGAAGAAGGCUGGAACAUAUUGAUCAGCUACGAAUACUUUUUUGGUUGUUUGAUAGCCGAUGAACGUAUGUCAUCGUACAAGACUGCUUUCAAACAUAUAGUCUGGAGUUGUUUAGCUUUCGUAUUAUUCUACAUGAAAAAAGAAGACGAAUUAAACACGGUCCUAAACAAAAUACCACCUCUGGACACCAUCGAUGAUAAAAACAGAGCAGCUAUAUUAGCUGUACGAGCAGCUUUGAUGCACGAAUUCGGUCCAAAUGCUCUAUCAAUUGAAAUGACUCGAGAAGCAUUAGCUUUAGAUCCUGAUCAAGCGGAAUGGUGGCACUUGCAUGGUAAAGGACUGCAAAGAUACAGGAAAUACGCUCGCAGAUACGAUAUACCCAGCGACGAAGAGCUACGUUGCGCUGAGAAAGCUGUGCAAAUGUAUCCCAAGUCACCUUUAUACAUGGUUCUGUUGGCUCGCAGUUACGCCGAAACCGUUGUACAUAUUUUUUACGAGUAUCCUAAAAUCCCUCCGGAGCUGAAAGAUGUUUAUUACAAGAUGAACAUGGCUGUUUUACAGUUAUUGAAGACAGCGAAGGAACUAGGUAGUGAUUCGUGGCACGUGCUUUAUCGAUGCGGUUUCGUGUAUUUGAAACUACCUAAACCGUACAAGAACCGUUUAGAAGCCAUAAGGUGUUUGGAAAACGCUCACAAAAUACGUCCUCGAGAAGCGACCAUUAAUCAUCAUCUAGGUACCGCUUACGGACUCUCUGGUAUGUUUCGCGAAGCUGUCAACUAUCUAGAAAAAGCAUUACAAGAUAACAUCUACGGUGCCCUAUUGGAUUUCGUUCGGUAUACGUUGAAAUUCAACGACUCGUUCAACGUUACAAAAUUCUUGGAUGAAAAUUACGAGAAAUUCACCAACGACGAAAGAGCAGAUUUGCUUUGUCAAAAAGGAUCCUAUUUGAUAAUCGUCGAAAGAAACAUCUCCGAAGGAUUAAAUUGUUAUUUAAAAGCCAUGAAAGUUACCGAUAACGUUUAUCUUUUAGAGAGACAUUUACCGGUGAUCGCUUUGCAUUUUGUGGAAUUCGGUAAAACACGUAAGUUGUCGGUUUACGAACUUUCGAUGCAUUUGGUACGUAGAAUGAAGACUCAUUAUGUGCCAGUUUGGAUCAACGAGCAAGAAUUAUACUCAGUUAUCAAAAAGCUCUAUCCGAAGGGUAUAAAAGACACGGUAGAUCCUCCGAUCACUUAUGUUCUCAACAUUUUAGGUUUACUAUAAGAUUCACGAUGUAUUGGAAGGUGAUAAACCAAUAAUAAUAAACAUUCCGCUUGA